AUGUCUAGGAAAUACAAGAGCCUGAAGAGGAUUUGUAGUAAACAGAGCAGUGAUUUGAUAAAACUGCGUAAUAAAGUGCCCAAGAAUAGCUUCUUUAAGAAUAUGUACAGGGCUAUUACGCAUAAUGAGUUUUAUCUUAAUAAACAUACUUCAAAUCAAAUACCUUAUUCUCACAAUGACAGCUUGGACAGUAUCUCCCACACCAGCGUUAGCACUCGCAAGAAGAAAAAUAUCAGGCCAAAUUCAGCACUAAAUGUCAACUCUAAGAAGAACUAUCAGAUUUUGUACGGCAACCAAUAUCCUUUCAAGGUCAGCCAGGAAUUUCAGAACAUGUCAACUUCUGUAAAUGAAUCUAUCAAGCCUGCAAAGCCUCCUUCAGAGGGGUUGCAGACUCUAAUGGGACUCAUGAAAGAGAAGUCAUCCAUUAAGAGUGAGCUGAAGAAAGCCAGGCUUGAGGUGGCAAGCUUGAUCGCACAUAUUAAGCACAGACUUGAUAAUUACGAGUCCAGACAUGACUCUAGUAUAUCGACAACAUUCUUCUCCUCAGAUUCAAAGUGAGUAAACUGCACAAUGCUCUUCACAAGCCCACCCUCAAGAGAGCCAGAAGAGCUUAAGUUGCUUAAACCACUAAAGAGCAGUAACACUUCAGAUAUGAAGGAACUAAAAAUUGUGAAGAAAGAAAUCAAGAAAAUUAAAAAUAAGAUAUCUAAAGUAAACAAUAAGAUCGAUGCUCAUUUGGCAGGUAAUAGAGUUGUCCCAAGUUAUUUGUAGAAUCUAUAAACUUCUUUACCUCAUCAGAAUCUGAUAAUUAUAACUUUUCAGGUUUAUUUGAAACUUUCUAAGUCUCCUAAUGCCUUCCUUACAUUGUCAAGUCUAGAAUUGUAAUUUAAAUUAAGACAACUCAGAAUCGAUUUUUCCUUUAUAUUUUUCAAAUUUACACUACAAAUUGCUAAUUUCUUCAUAAUUUUUCAUAAAAAU